CAGUGUAUAUAAAGAUUUUGAGGCGUUGAUGUCUUCGGCUUCCGGCAGGAUAGGCUAGUGACGCCUUCUGGGGGUUUCCUCUUCUUCGCCGCCGUCUGAACGAAACGACUCGACAGGGCAUCUCGGAAGAAAACGAGUUUGGUGGGGAUCGAAGGCUAGCGCAGCCUAGACGCCGAGAGGAACACUCGUCCAGCAAUGUGUCGGAACCCCACUUUCUAGCCAGCCUUCCGUCCCAGAGCACACUGAGUGUACCCACUCUCCCAACCAGGCAGCAGACUUUUCUCGAACAAGAAUUCAAAAAUUAGGUUAAGAUAUGAUAAGGGCAUUUACAAUCCUGUUCCUGGCUGAGCUAUGUUUCGUGUCAAGUUACAAAUCUGGAGCUCCUGUUUCGAUGUGCGCCAGCAUGACACCAUCCCAUGCUGGAGUCACACCUCAGAAAACCAGCUCACCAUAUAAAUUGGUUGUGUCAAAAACCGAGGAUGAGACCUACAUUGUUGACAUCCAAGGAAGCCGAUUCGCAGGCUUUCUUAUCCAAGCGAGGAAAAACAUCUCUGUCCCCGAAAGUGUUGGGACAUUUACGACUUACCCUGAUUACGUCAAGACAUUGAACUGCAAUGGGAUCAAUAAUGCUAUCACUCAUACUCAUAAUAAGUUAAAAGAUGGUGUGGAAGCAGAAUGGGAGGCUCCAGAAGAUUUUGCAGGCCAAGUAACAUUUAUAGGUACGGUCGUUGCUAAUUACACAACAUUCUGGACAAAUGUUUUAUCUUCACCCAUAGAAGUCGAAGGUUCUGAUACAAGUCCAGUACCUGGAGAGAGCAGUGGAACUGACAUACCCCAGGCACUUUAUCAAGAUUGUGGCAUAAGAAAGAAUUGCCUCGGUUUUCCACAUGACUGCAUUGAACAGAAAAAUUGCAGGGCAAUAGUUGCUGUCUCCCGAGAUAAACAAGAGUAUGUAUUUGAAAUGAUGGCCCUUCAAAGCAAAUAUGUAGCUGUAGGCUUAUCAGAAGAUGAAAAAAUGGGAGCAGAUCAAGUUGUGGAAUGUGUAUUUGAUAAUUACAAAGAGGGUUUUGAAACCGUCAAUGCGUAUAGGUCAUGGAAUAUACCUAAUAAUAAAGCGAACGAGCGUCUCGAUGCCAGUACAGUAGGAUUGACCUUAAUAGAGAAUAAUUACAAUGAUGGUAGUGUUUACUGCAAAGUUCAUGUCAGUACAGUAACAUCAGUUGGCGAGCUUAACUUUGACUUAACCAAUAAUCAGUAUUACCUCCUGCUUGCUGCAGGAUCACAAGCUAAAGAAAAUGGAGUAAGCUAUCAUGACGUGGGAAAAAUUGUGGCUCACGACAAGAGGCAGGUAACAGAUGUGAGCCCAGUGAAAGUGCAUGAUUCAUUUUAUGAUGGGUGUGAUGUCGAAAAAAAUUGUUUCGGCUUUCCUGAUGGUUGUGUGGCAUUGAACAAUUGUAAAAUGGUUUCAUCCAUUGUGGCCAAAGGGACUUCUUAUAUUUUCAAACUGAAAUCAAAAGUAGGGACUUACAUAGCACUUGGGUUGUCACGAGACAAUAAAAUGGGAGAAGACAGUGUCAUGGAAUGUGUUCAUGAACAAGGCGAUAAUGUUCAAGUAUAUAUGUCCUGGAAUAAACCUGGAGAAAAAGCUAAUACGAGAGAUCAAGUGGAUCAAAGUGGUGUUCAAGUGGUAACAACCAAGUAUGACAAUGGAGAAAUUUACUGUGAAUUUACCAGAGAUGUUGUUACUGUUGUGCAACAAAAUACUUAUGAUUUGGCCAAAGAUAAUUACAACAUACUUCUUGUUUCAGGAAGUUCUCUGAAAGAGCGAGGUGUUGGCUACCAUGAUGUCGCUGUGACCAUUAGUUCUUCAAAAAGAUCAUUAUCAGAUGUAGGAGCAUUCAAAUCAACAUCCAAAUUAUUUUUGAGACUACAUGGAUCAUUUAUGAUAGCGGCAUGGAUUGGUACAGCAAGUAUUGGUAUUAUAUUUGCUCGAUAUUUUAAACAGACAUGGGUUGAAAGCUCAUUGUGCGCAAAAGAUUUAUGGUUUGCUUGGCAUAGAUUCUUCAUGUUGAUCACAUGGUGCCUAACUUUGAUUGCGUUUGUUUUAAUAUUCGUUGAAGUAGGAGGUUGGGUUGAAGGAAAUAGCCAAAUGCAUGGCAUUUUAGGCUGUGUGACCACUCUGUUGUGUUUUCUGCAACCAAUCGGAGCAGCGUUCCGACCACAUCCCACGGCCAGGAAUAGGCCAGUUUUCAAUUGGCUACACUGGCUUGUUGGAAAUGCUGCUCAUAUAUUUGCAGUUGUGACCAUAUUUUUUGCCAUCCCAUUGGCAAAGGCAGAACUACCUGACUGGUUGGACUGGAUCCUAGUUGCUUUUGUCGCAUUAUAUGUCUCAGUACAUCUUCUUUUAACGAUUGCUGGCUGUAUAAGCGAAAGAAAGAGCGUGAAAAGAGUCAGCACAUUCCCAAUGAAAGACUUAAAUACGAGUAGGAGUGCACUUAAUAGCAUAGAAAGAAAGCAAGAUGCACCUCAUUCUGGUUUCCGUAAAUUUUUACUCUUUAUUCACAUCGUCGGCAUUACAGCACUAACGGUAACAAUAAUAACAAUAAUUGCGUUGGCUCCCAUUGAAGCGCAAUGGUCGUCACUUCAGAAAAAAUUAAUGUCUACAUAAUAAUUUUUUUUCUGCACCAACAGUUAUCUUUAAAUCAAUGUUUUUUUUUUGUUGUUUUUAUUAUGUCUUCAUUGUCAAUCAACGAAUUCAAAUUUGAAAAAUCUCUUUUACCAUAUUAAUUUCUUCUCAUUUCCAUAACAUUUCUUGUAAAAACAUAUCAUUUGUUAUGACUUACUUCUGUAGGAAAUGAGAUUAUAAAUUUGUUAUAAUAUUUGAGCCUCGUACCACUAAUUUUAAUUUAUUAAAUUUCUGUUAUGACAUUUAAGCCUUUGAAAUGCAGGAAGUGAUAAUGGCAUAUUUAUAUUGAAUUUUAUGUAGUUAUCGAAUAUAUGGCUUAAUUUGAAAUUAUAUUAAGUUGUGUACUUUAAAGCAUAAUCGUACAAGUAUGAACAGUAUUUGUAGUAUGAAAAAUCCAAGAAAAACGUGGUCUUUAUAUAUUGCAUUUUAAGUCAAAGUGUUGCCGAUCAUUUUCAGAAGUAUUAAUAUACACAAGUGAACGAUUAAUUUAAGUCUGCAUUGCUUAAUUUACUUUUGAAACAACUUGCACUUUAAAACGGUUGGCAUAUGGCUCACAUUUUCUGGGCAUAAAAACCAGUCUAAUGUUUAUUUUUAAAUGUGUGAUUAGUGACCGUUAAU